UAGAGGGAUAAAUAUAAGCACUUGCUAAAUAAUUAAAACAAAAAAUAGCAAGCAGCUGAAGGAAAAAGACUGCCUUUUUAUUUUUAAUGCUUGCAUUUCAUGGAAGGUGUUACAGCUGUCUGAAGGUGUUAAGACUUAAUUUCUACCCAGGACUUUUUUUGUUGUUGGUAUUUUUGACUCACUUAUGGAAUGAAGACUUAAGACAAGAUACUUAAGAGAAAAGACUGGGAGCCAAUUUUUUUUUAUUUAUUUUUUUGUCAUUUAUUUUAUUCCAUAAGGGAGGGGGCAGUUAAAGAAGGCCCUGACAAUCUCACUGAUCUGCUACCAUCCCAUUGCAAUAUGGCUGGUGCUGGAAUUUGGGGGCUAAGAGGUCAAUGGCUUUCAGGGUUCCCUGAGUCUUCUUGUUAGCAAUGGCAAGUGGCAAAUUCCAAAACAUCUUCAGUAGUUCCAGCUUCAACAUGACUAGCAACCACCAACAUGCAGACUCUUCCUCCAUUCUGGCACACAAAGGUGAAGCCCUCAUUAUCCCUGUGCCCCCGGACGUGCCUUGUGAUGUUAAGGGGCAGCGAAUGUGGUGGGCAUUUCUGGCCUCAUCCAUGGUGACGUUUUUUGGGGGUCUUUUCAUUAUCUUGGUGUGGAGAACCCUUAAAUAUCUGUGGACAGUCUGCUGUCACUGUGGUGGCAAGAAUAAGGAAGUACAGAAAGUCACAAAUGUAGCCACCACACAAGGGGCUGAUGGAGACUACAAGCCAACCGACGAGAAAGAAGAAAGUCCGGUGGCGGAGGUGGGAUGGAUGACAUCGGUAAAAGACUGGGCCGGUGUGAUGAUUUCAGCCCAGACAUUAACUGGUCGGGUGCUGGUGGUGACUGUGUUUGCCCUGAGUAUCGGAGCAUUGGUGAUAUAUUUCAUUGAUUCGUCCAAUGAUAUUGAAACCUGCCAACACUUCUACAAAGAUGUCACUCUUCAGAUAGACAUGGCAUUCAACAUCUUCUUCUUGCUAUACUUUGGUCUGCGGUUCAUUGCUGCCAAUGACAAGCUGUGGUUUUGGCUAGAGGUGAAUUCCGUGGUUGACUUCUUCACAGUGCCUCCAGUGUUUGUGUCCGUAUAUUUAAACAGGAGCUGGCUGGGCUUGAGGUUUCUUCGAGCUUUGCGGCUUAUCCAGUUUUCAGAAAUCCUGCAAUUUUUAAACAUUUUAAAAACAAGUAAUUCCAUAAAGCUUGUGAAUCUCUGCUCCAUAUUCAUCAGUACCUGGUUGACAGCUGCUGGCUUCAUUCAUUUGGUGGAGAACUCAGGAGACCCUUGGGAUGAUUUCCGAAACUCCCAAGCUCUAACAUAUUGGGAAUGUGUAUACCUGCUCAUGGUGACCAUGUCCACUGUGGGAUACGGAGAUGUUUAUGCAAAAACCACUCUUGGGCGUCUCUUCAUGGUCUUCUUCAUCCUUGGCGGUUUGGCAAUGUUUGCCCGCUACGUCCCUGAAAUUGCUGCUCUUAUCCUUAACCGGAAGAAAUAUGGCGGGACAUUUAACGCAACUCGAGGGAGAAAGCACAUUGUGGUCUGUGGUCACAUCACUUUAGAAAGCGUAUCCAACUUCCUGAAGGACUUCCUGCACAAAGACCGGGAUGAUGUAAAUGUGGAGAUCGUAUUUCUGCACAACAUUUCUCCAAAUCUGGAGCUUGAAGCUCUGUUCAAGAGACACUUUACUCAGGUAGAAUUUUACCAAGGAUCCGUCCUGAAUCCUCACGACCUUGCAAGAGUUAAGAUCGAGUCGGCAGAUGCGUGUUUAAUCCUCGCUAACAAGUACUGCGCAGACCCUGAUGCUGAAGAUGCAUCUAAUAUUAUGAGAGUUAUUUCCAUCAAAAAUUAUCACCCGAAGAUUCGGAUCAUAACCCAAAUGCUGCAGUAUCACAACAAGGCUCACUUGCUCAAUAUACCGAGCUGGAAUUGGAAGGAGGGGGAUGAUGCAAUCUGUCUAGCAGAACUGAAGCUGGGUUUUAUUGCGCAGAGUUGUCUAGCUCAAGGCUUGUCCACAAUGUUAGCAAACCUAUUCUCAAUGCGCUCAUUCAUCAAGAUUGAAGAGGACACGUGGCAGAAAUAUUACUUGGAAGGUGUGGCAAAUGAAAUGUACACAGAGUACCUGUCCGCUGCAUUUGUGGGGCUUUCUUUCCCAGCGGUGUGUGAGUUAUGUUUCGUGAAGUUGAAGUUGUUGAUGAUAGCCAUUGAAUACAAAUCGGAGAAAGGAGAGAGCCGGAUUAUAAUCAAUCCAAGCAACCAUGUCAAAAUAAAGGAAGGCACCCUGGGAUUUUUUAUUGCAAGCGACGCCAAAGAGGUUAAAAGGGCAUAUUUUUACUGCAAAGCAUGUCACGAUGAUAUCACUGACCCCAAAAGGAUCAAGAAAUGUGCCUGCAAACGACUUGAAGAUGAGCAUCCAUCUGCCUUGUCACCUAAAAAAAAGCAACGGAAUGGAGGAAUGAGGCACUCUCCAAAUUCUUCACCCAACAUGAGACACGAUCCCUUGCUCAUGUCUGCGAAUGAUCAGAUAGACAAUAUGGACUCAAGCAGUGUAAAAAGAUAUGACUCUACAGGGAUGUUCCACUGGUGUCCAGCCAAGGAGAUGGAGAGAGUGCUUCUGACUCGUAGUGAAGCUGCCAUGACCGUUCUAAGUGGCCAUGUCGUUGUCUGCAUUUUUGGAGAUGUGACGUCAGCACUCAUUGGGCUGCGGAAUUUGGUGAUGCCGUUGAGGGCUAGCAACUUCCACUACCAUGAACUUAAGCCUAUUGUCUUUGUGGGCUCUCUUGAAUAUCUCAGAAGAGAGUGGGAGACGUUGCAUAACUUCCCCAAAGUAUCAAUCCUGCCCGGUACGCCAUUAAGCCGAGCUGAUCUAAGGGCUGUCAACAUUAACCUGUGUGACAUGUGCGUUAUCUUGUCAGCCAAUCAGAAUAACAUUGAUGAUACUUCACUGCAGGACAAGGAAUGUAUCUUGGCAUCCCUCAACAUCAAAUCCAUGCAGUUUGAUGACAGCAUUGGGGUCUUGCAAGCUAACUCUCAAGGGUUCACACCUCCUGGGAUGGACAAGUCUUCUCCUGACAAUAGCCCAGUGCAUGGUCUGGCAAGGCAACAAUCAAUAACCACAGGGGCCAACAUUCCCAUCAUUACUGAACUAGUGAACGACUCCAACGUUCAGUUCUUGGACCAGGAUGAUGAUGACGAUCCAGACACCGAGCUGUAUCUGACGCAACCUUUUGCCUGUGGCACCGCCUUUGCUGUCAGUGUGCUGGACUCUCUCAUGAGCGCGACUUACUUCAAUGAUAACAUCCUGACUCUGAUCAGGACUCUGGUGACAGGUGGAGCAACGCCGGAACUGGAGUCCCUUAUUGCAGAGGAGAACGCACUUCGUGGAGGAUAUAGCACCCCGCAGACACUUGCCAACAGGGACAGAUGUCGAGUAGCCCAGUUGGCCCUCUAUGACGGACCAUUCGCAGACCUUGGGGAUGGUGGAUGUUAUGGGGACUUGUAUUGCAAAGCACUGAAGACAUACAACAUGCUGUGCUUUGGCAUAUAUCGGCUACGGGAUGCCCACCUUAGCACACCUAGCCAGUGUACCAAAAGGUACGUUAUCACUAACCCUCCCUAUGAGUUUGAGAUGGUGCCCACGGACCUCAUCUUCUGCUUGAUGCAGUUCGACCACAACGCUAGCCAGUCUCGUGCCAGCCUGUCUCACUCUUCACACUCCUCGCACUCCUCUAGCAAAAAAAGCUCGUCCGUUCACUCCAUCCCAGCCUCGGCCAACCGUCAGAACCGUUCCAAGGCUCGUGAUGCCCGCGACAAACAGAAGUACGUGUUGGAAGACAGACUGUGACCAGGGACUACUUGUGGGUGGGAGAGGGAUGCGAAAAACAGAAGGAACUUUAGAGUGGAGCUCAUUAACCCUUUUGUGAAGCAAUACUUUGCAAAAUCACUAUGAUAACGAAUGGGUUACUGAUUUACUUCCAAUAACUACAGCCAGACCCUGUGCAUUGCUAAUCCCUUCAGGUUUUUGGAGGCUUUAACUAACUAGGUCACCGACUUCCCAAGUGUUUGAUAAAGUUACUGAUUAUGAGUAAAGGCUGUCUCCUUAUAUGUAGCAAGGGGUUUAAUGGUAACCAAAGCAUUGCUGAGGGUAUGGUAGUGAGCUGUUGUCAACAAGGCAUAGGUGUAGAAAAGGGUAGAGCCAUAAUUCUCCAGUGAAAGCAAUGAAGGUCUUAUUAAAAGAGUGUUGAGCAAUAGAAUGUUCAUUGUUCACAGGGUACUUAAAUAGUCUGCAGAUAGGACAUGUUUAUCUGGAAGCAAACCAGUCAAACACAGGCCCUUAAUGUGUGACCUUGUCUCCCAUAUAUACAUCCAUUACCCUUUAUCCACCCUGACAGUGGUGUCUUUUUCAUUCCCUGAUUCAUGUACUCCUUUUGUCCUUCCUCCUUUUACUUUGGUCAUGGGUGCAUGGCAUUUGUUGUCUACUAACCUUUAAAAGACCAAUGGCAUGAAGUGAGUUGCCUUGACAAGUCCAGCAGGCCUCACAUCCAGUUGGACUAGGAUCUAGAGUUAGUCUGCUGGAAGUUGAGGUAAAAAAAAAAAAAAAAAAGAGGUCCAGAGUAAGCAUCAGUCUUUGCAACUCCGUGAGAUGAUGUUCAUGGUUGCUUAUUCUGUGAAGGCUUUCCUUUGCCAGAAGUUUACUGUAUCUCCCAUAAGCAGGUAACAUAUGCUAUAUAUUGAAUUUAUGUAUACUUCUUCCAUCUAAGCAUGAGUGUUCUUAAAAGGAAUCUGUAACCAAAGAUGAUGGUCAUAAAACCAAGCUUGCAGCCCCUUAAUGAAGAUUAUAUAUGUCUAAAUAGUAUAUUUAGCUACACACAUAUAGUUCUACACACUAACUCUUGGCACCUGGGGUAGGGUGGUAAUCCUGAUUGUAUAAUCUACAAUCAUAGCAUCUUCCUAACACGUUGGCCAAAUCAGAGACAACUGUGUGGGUAAAGCUAUAUAGAGUCCGGCCAUAUUCAUGGCUUAAUCAAGGAUGCUCACAAGUGGAAAAAAAAUUACAACCCUCAACACUUACUUUGACGUUUUACCUAAUGUAGUGUCGAAGAUUACAUCAGCAUUGUGACAAAUUAGCUGUUUAUCACCAGCAUCAAAACUCUUCGGAGAGAUAUUUGACCAAGGACUUGCGUAAAAGAACAGGUUAUAUUCCAUUCUAGCACGUAUCUCUCUAGACAGUUUCCUAGAGUGCAGAUAGUGUCUUUUCAUGUUGAAUUGUGCUGAGUUGACAACUAAAUAGCAACACCUAGGCUAAAAUAAAUAAACUGCAGAUUUUUUCCCCCCAUCUCAGAUACUUUGAGACAUAAUGUAACUCAAUGUUUAUUAAAUUAAUAUCUAGUUGACCUCAGGACUACAAAAUGGUUCCCUAUGGUAUUUCUUUUAGCAUAUUCUAUAUAAAGUAUAAUCACAAAGGUUAUAUAUAUAUAGUCUCCAAAUAGGUUAAACUGUAACAGAGUAAAUUCCAAACAAGUCUUCUGCUUUUGAAUGUUCUACAAACACAAUUUCAGGAUCAUGCGGAGGGAAAGCUGUGGGCAACAAGGUAUGGUAUUGUUAGGAUGUCGUUAAGCUGAAACAAAUAUAAUGAAUCCUUCACUAAAUAAUUAGUAUUAAGUUAGAAAAACAACUGGUAAUAAGUGGACAUAAUGAUAGUAACACACAGAGCUUCUGUUUUGGGGUUGUUUUUUUUUUUUCCUGUAAAGUCUUCCUGUUCACUAACACCAAGCAUUCACUUUGAAAAUGUUUUGUCCCAGAGUUUCUACCAUUUUUCUACCAAACAACUGCUCUUCCUGCCCCAAGUAAAAGACAACCUGGAAUUGAAAUUAAUCAGAGCACAUUUUAAUUGAAACAGACAACAUUUGUAGGAGAUUUGUGAAAUGCUAAGUUACAUAUUUUGUA